AUGUUCUGUUCUGUUUCUUCCUCCAUUUCUUAUAUUCUUGACGCUGUCUCCUUAGCGGGGAAUUGUUCCUCUGUUAGUUCUUAUAUCAACAUGGAAGAUUUUAUGAUUAUAAAGAGUUUCGAUGUCUCUAUCCGUCCGCCUAGAGCUCCGAAUAUAUUGGAGGUUUUUUGGAAGCCCCCUCCUAAUGAUUGGUUCAAAAUUAAUUGUGACGGGGCUGCUACUUUAUCGGGUCCUUCUGGUUGUGGUGGGAUAGCCAGAAACAGUGAUGGUGCUUUUUUGGGAGCAUUCGCAUCUUAUUUGGAUGGAGCCAAUUCUCUCACGGCCGAACUCUAUGGUGCUAUCCUAGCAAUUGAGUUCGCCUUUGCAAGAAAUUGGAAUAAUAUUUGGUUAGAGACGGACUCAACCGCAGUUGUCAAAGCUUUCAAUUCUCCGCAUAAGGUUCCUUGGCAAGUUAGGAAUAGAUGGUUGAAUUGCAUCAAUAUUGUUACUCAUUGGAAUUUUUUGGUUUCUCAUAUUUUUAGGGAAGGGAAUAGUUGUGCGGAUGCCCUUGCCAAUCAUGGGUUAACUUUACCUGAUUAUACCUUUUUUUCUUCCAUUUCUUCCUUCUUAAGGGCGGAUUUUGUUAAGAACAGGCUCGGUAUGUCGUUCUUUAGAAUUGGUAUUCCAAACAACAAUGUCGCUGAGUCAGAAUCCUACUCCAUCCAUCAUUCAAUUUGGCAAGAUUUUAGGUUCCUUGUCAAGGCCAAACAUUACUCCACUGCACUUUCACUUCAUCGACAACUGGAAUUGAAGGGAGUUGCCUCAGAUUUAGUUAAUUUGAACAUUUUGAUGAAUUGCUUUUCUCAAUUGGGUCUAAACUCUUUUUCCUUUUCUGUAUUUGCUAACAUUCUCAAAAAGGGUUACCACCCAAAUGCCAUAACUCUCGCUACACUCAUCAAGGGUCUCUGUCUCAAAGGUCACCUCCAUCAAGCACUGUACUUUCAUGACAAGGUGGUAGUGCAGGGAUUUCAUUUGAACCAAGUUUCUUAUGGUACUUUGAUUAAUGGUUUAUGUAAGGCUGGACAAACAAGAGCUCCGUUGCAAUUGCUCAAACAAGUUGAUGGGAAGUUGGUUCAGCCUGACGUGGUAAUGUACAAUACAAUUAUUGAUAGUAUGUGCAAAGAUAAACUUGUUUAUGAUGCUAUUGAUUUAUAUUCUGAAAUGCUUGAUAAGGGAAUCUCUCCUGAUAUUUUUACUUAUAAUGCAUUAAUCUAUGGCUUUUGCAUUGUGGGUGACUUGAAAGAUGCCAUUGGUUUGUUCAAUAAAAUGAUACUGAAAAACAUCAACCUUGAUGUGUAUACCUUUAAUAUUUUGGUUGAUGCUUUUUGUAAGGAGAGAAAGUUGCAAGAAGCAAAAAACAUAUUAGCUAUGAUGAUUAAAAAAGUCAUCAAACCUGAUGUUGUUACUUGUGGGUGA